GAGCUGGAACCGACUCAAUUUGAUUCAUAGGGUUGAGAUGGACGAUGAUUCAACUCCGCAUCCUAAUUCUGUUGAAACUCCCCGAACUAACCAGCCUCCACCAGUUCCUAAAUUCAGUGCGGGCUUUAAGGGAAAACAACCUGGAUCACUACCAAAUGAUUCAACUCCUUGUCCUAAUUCUGUUGAAACUUCCCGAACUAACCAGCUUCCACCAGUUCCUAAAUUCAGUGCGGGCGUCAAGGGAAAACAACCUGGAUCACUACCAAAUGAUUCAACUCCUCAUCCUAAUCCUGUUGAAACUUCCCAAACUAACCAGCUUCCACCAGUUCCUAAAUUCAGUGCGGGCGUUAAGGGAAAACAACCUGGACCACUGCCAACUGUAUGGGAUCACUUCAUUAAACUCGAAAAUGAUGGCCUUAUCGAGCCUAGAUAUGAAUGCAAUUACUGUGGGGAGGAAUUCAGUGUGGAUAAUAUCAAGCACGGAGAUAGUAUUUUAUGGAAUCAUUUGACUGAUGACUGUGAAAAUAACCCGCAUAGAUCAGAGCACAAAAGGAAAGAGAACCCGAGUCUUGAAACUAGCCAAGUUCCAAGUUGUUCUGGUGAGAAUUCUUUGGAAGGGUGGUUAAGUAUAGCAGAAUAUAUCAGAGCAUGCAGUAAGAUGAUGAUUAUCGACGAGUUGCCUUUUAGCUUUUGUAUGAGACCUUGA